GUCCCUGAACAAACACGUGGGCCAGUUGGAAAACAGCUUUUGAUGAAGCUCUGAUGCAUUUUAAAUCAUUUUAGGGGAGAAAUGAGUGUGAAAAGCCGCUGAGCAGUGCUGACCACGGCGGUGAAUAUGUGAGGUUUGGAGGCUCUACAAACAAAAUGCAGAGAGCAUCAGAGCUCCUCGUGACUUCAACAUGAAGAGACACAAGUCCGCUGUCGGUCCCUUCGCUGUCAGCCUUCAGCACUUCUCCUACAUUUAGUUUUAAGGCUUUUACCAGUGCAGAGAAAACACAAGUGGCCCGGCUUUCAGACUGCACAGAGGAGCAGCGAGCCGGCUGAGUCUCCACGGCUCUCAUGGUGUGUUUAAGUGCAGCCUCCUGCUCCGGGCUCUUCAACAGUCAGACUCUCGUGUUAUCGUGAGGACAACAAGUUGAGCAGAAAAUGUCAGAAGUAGCUCCAGCCGCCGCUCCGGCCAAAGCAGCCAAGAAGAAGGUUUCCAAGCCGAAGGCGGCCGGCCCCAGCGUCCGCGACCUCAUCGUUCAAACUGUGGCCGCAUCCAAGGAGAGGAGCGGCGUGUCUGCGACCGCCGUCAAGAAGGCUCUGGCUGCCGGAGGCUACGAUGUGGACAAGAACAAUUCCCGCGUCAAGACCGCCAUCAAGAGCCUGGUCGAGAAGGGGACUCUGGUCCAGAUCAAGGGGACCGGGGCUUCCGGCUCCUUCAAGAUGAACAAGAAUGCUGCCGACACUAAGGCUACGAAGCCGGUCAAGAAAGCCGCUCCUGCAGCCAAGAAGCCCGCAGCCAAGAAACCUGUAGCGGUCAAAAAGCCCGCGGCAGCAGCAAAGAAGUCUCCGAAGAAGGCGAAGAAACCCGUAGCGGCCAAGAAAGUAGCCAAGAGCCCCAACAAGGUCGCCAAGAGCCCCAACAAGGUCGCCAAGAGCCCGAAGAAGGCCGUCAAGAAGGUUACAAAGAGCCCCAAGAAGGUGGUGAAAAAGGCUCCUGUAGCCAAGAGAGCCCCAGCGAAGAAGGUCGUCAAACCCAAAGCGAAGAAAGCAGCACCCAAGAAGAAGUGAGCUGUCAUCAGUCUGAACUACAGCUCCCACUAAAGGCUCUUUUAAGAGCCACCACAUCAUCCUGAAAGAGCCUUUUCCUCUUUAUUCUUACCGUCAUUACAUUAGGAUUUAUUUAUGUUAGCAGCUAAAGGAAAAGUACA